GACACGGUCCACUUCCUCACUCACACAUUUAUCUUCGGUUUCUCUCUCUAAAACACACAAACACAGUCUCUUUCUCUCUCUCAAAAGUAGCAACAAGAUGUGCGGCGGAGCUAUCAUUUCCGAUUACAUCCAAGACAAACGAGCCCGGAAAGUGACGUCGAAAGACCUCUGGUCCGAGCUCGACACCAUUUCUGAUUUCUUGGGAUUGGGCUCGUGUUCGGGCUCCAACGAUAGACCCCAUUCAAGCCAGUCCGAUAACAAGGCCACCGCCAAGUCUGAGCUACUUAUCAACAAAGGAACAAGUGAGAAGAGUGAACAAAAGCCGAGUCAGAAAACUCGGAAGAACGUGUACAGAGGAAUCAGACAGAGGCCAUGGGGAAAAUGGGCUGCUGAAAUUCGUGACCCUCAAAAGGGAGCCCGAGUCUGGCUCGGAACAUUCAACACGGCCGAGGAAGCGGCCAGAGCUUACGACGAGGCCGCUAAGCGUAUACGUGGUGACAAGGCCAAGCUCAACUUUUGUCAGCCACCUUCACCCUCACCACCACCACCCAAAAGGCAGUGUGUCAAAUCCGAGUUGAGUCAGGCGAGUUUCGAGUCGACCGAGCCACCUCCAUCCGUUAGUUUCGGGUUCCAAAGCCAACCCAGCUGUGAGCAAGAAGUGGCAAGUGAAUUUGAGUUGCAGGAGCAUAUUUUCGGCUUGGAGUCGUUCCUUGGUUUGGUGCCUGAAUCAACUCAGUUCGGCGGAGUUGGUGUGUCGGAGUCGGCUGAUCUUUGGAUGUUGGAUGAUCUUCCGAUGACUUAUGAUCAGCAUCAUAUGGUCUAAUAAAAAAAAAAAAAGACAGACAAAACUAGAAGCUGUGUGCGGGUGGUGGUUUAAGAUAUUUUAGUGUUUUAUUGUGUACGGUAUGUUAUUUUUUUUUUUAUUAUUUUUUUUUAAAGUUCGGUAUGUUAUGUUGUUGAUGCUUUGGCCAAAUCGACAUAUCUGUCUAAUAUAUAUAUGACAGUAAGUUGCUUGUACUAUUAUCAGUAAUGGAUAUGCUGUGGCCUUUUUGUUUA